GAGGUUGAUUUAGUAAAAUCGUAACAAUAUGUUCGAUACUUUGUGUUGCCUUUAUGAUUAGCAAUUAAAAUGACAGAUCGUAUGUUUACUAGUAGAAAUGUUAAUCUGUGAUUGUUUUCUUAGAUCGCUAGAAGAAUAAUAAUUUUCGUAUUAUAAUUUAUUAGAUAUAAUGAAACACAGUGAAAAAGUUAAAUUUUAAAUGUUUACUGAAAUAAAGUGAAACCAAGCAUUUGGUGAUUAAAUAUAAAUCGUUAAGCAGGGUCAUAAUGCCGAGUCGGCUUAUGCCAACUCAAUUGCACUUGUAUUAGGAAAUAUUUAUCGUGGAUUUCUUUUUGUUAUUGAAAAACGAAAAAAUAAAAUAUAACCUUGUAAAUCACAAAUAUUAUUGAAUUUUGUGGUCAAAUGUGUCCAAUAAAUCUGAGGCGAUUUUGUGAAGAGUGGCGGAUAUGGAUACGACCCCUUUUAAUUGUCACCUAUUGUAUAUUUUUGGUCAUCGUUGUACCUCUACUUAUUGUCAAUUCUGUAAAGGAUGGAUUCCAGCGGAAUGAUCAAUUUAUACUUAUUGGUGGAUUAUUUGUGUUAUCAGCUGUGCCAAUUUCAAUAUGGCACAUUAUUCAGCACGUCAUACACUUCACUAAACCCAUCUUGCAAAAGCAUAUCAUACGAAUAUUGUGGAUGGUGCCAAUUUAUGCUCUUAAUGCGUGGAUUGGACUUUUCUUCCCUAAACACUCUAUAUACGUCGAUUCUCUUCGUGAAUGCUACGAAGCUUAUGUUAUUUACAACUUUAUGGUGUAUCUAUUACAUUAUCUCAAUUUAGGUGAGGAUCUAGAAGCUACAAUGCAGUACAAACCACAGGUGUAUCAUUUCUUUCCACUUUGUUGCAUGAGACCUUGGCCCAUGGGGCGAGACUUUAUACAUAAUUGCAAACAUGGGAUUCUCCAAUAUACAGUCGUGAGACCAAUAACCACAUUCAUUUCUGUCAUUUGCGAGAUUUGCGGAGUUUAUGGAGAAGGAACGUUUGCAGGCGAUGUGGCCUUUCCCUACAUUGUUGUAAUUAAUAAUAUUUCACAGUUCGUGGCUAUGUACUGUUUAGUACUCUUUUAUAGAGCUAAUAAAGAAGACCUCAGGCCAAUGAAGCCAAUACCGAAAUUUCUUUGCAUCAAAGCAGUGGUGUUUUUCUCAUUUUUCCAAGGUGUAUUAUUGUUUCUGUUGGGGUACUACAAAAUUUUGCAAAAAUUAAUCACACCGUCAGACGAUACGAAUUUGGCGUCAAUGCUGCAGAACUUUCUCAUAUGCAUUGAGAUGUUCCUUGCAGCCGUGGCGCAUAUUUACAGUUUUCCGCAUCAUCCCUUUCAUAUUAAUUCACCUCAGUAUUGGAAUAAUCCGAAUCAUAAUUGGUGCCGGGCAUUUCUAUCUAUGAUGGAUAUAUCGGAUAUGCAGCAAGACGUCACUGAACAUUUAGGUGUUGUUGGUAGUUCGAUAAGUCGACAUUUCCAAAGCCGAAGCACUUAUCAACCGUUAUCACGGGGUCCACGCCGUUCCAGCAGUGAAACAGAGUAUUUGAUUAACAAGCGAGAAGUUGGUGACAACGCCGCAGACGGUAUGAUUAGUGAUAUGCCAUCAACGAGUUCAAUGGUCGGCGAUGUUAUGAUAGUGAGUGGCGGAAGUGCUGUUGUACAAAAAGGUAAUAGAAAAGAAUAUAAUUCGAAUUUCGCUAGUAAACCAUUGGCUAAAGCCAAUCGCUACGGAGCUACUGAUAAUCUUUUAAUGCCUGUUGGCGAGAUCGUACUAACAACUGAUUCUACAUCUCACAUCCACUUAGCAGGCUCGCGUAUCACGCACAACACAUCAGCCAAAGUACCGUCAUUCUCCACCAACACUGCAACAGUUGAACCCCAUUCCAAUUUUGGAAUAAAUAUACAAAAGCGCGAAGUGCACUCACGCGAAUACUCACCACAACAGCUAUAUGGCGCACCAGUCCCUGGUGGCAAUAGUUUUUUGCAAUCACGCAAUGUAGGAGCACAUUCCAGCAACAUUCCUGAUACUGAUGAAGAUUUUGUAUCCCUAAUUGGUUCUGGUAGAUGACACCGUUAUACUGAAAGUAGUAGUCACAGUCAAAACUAUAAUCCAUCAGCAAUUGAAUCGACAUCUGUGUCUAUAUCAGCAUCGGCCAAUUUUUCUAGUAGUCUUAAAUUAUCGACUGGCGAAAGUGGCAGUUGCAUUUCCUCUGAUUGGCUAAGCACGUCUCAUUCUGAUGAAAACGGCGAUAACGACAGUGAUGACAAUGACGUUGAUGACAACAAUUUAACGCCAAUUGAUGGUGAUAUUCUGCAAAUGGGUGGCUUUGGGGGACAUAACAUUGAUGGUAUUGCAAACGUUGUUUAUGACGUUGGUGGUGCACAGCAAGCCUACAACGAAACCGCAACAAGACGAUCACGACUAAGACCUACAAACAGCGAACACACCACAUAAAUUGCGAUUCGACUAAACUCCAAAAAUAUUUUUUAGUUUUCUUAUUUCUUAUUAUUAAGGCUUAAUUUCUUUUUCUAUAUAAUAUCAACUAUGAUUCUUAUUAUUUAAUGUAAUUUAUAUUUUUGACACCAUUUACCUAUUAUUAUUUGUAUAAUGUCGAUCAUGUGGUUUCCUUCUUUUUAGUGUUUUCUUUUUUAUACUAUGGUUAUUGAAGAAAUGGGGUUCAAAUGUCAUUAUCGCGUUAAACUCAAUCCAGGGGGCUGAAACUGACUUUAUUGAUAUUAGUACUCUAUGAAAGUGUAGUAGAAAUAACAUUUAUGUAUAUAAUAUUAUAUUUGUAACGUCAUUUCUUGGAACUUCCCAUAAAAAUAUUUAAUAGAGAUUUGAAAGAAUUAUUGAGCUAAAAACUUUGAACUAAGUUAAGUUUGUUUUACUUUUGCUUAAAUUGAUUUAUUGAUCAACUAAUUCUCACAUAUUCGAUUUGCAAUCCUAGCACUGAUAUCAAUGAAAAAUAUUGCUUAUAUGUUUUCUAAACGGAAAUAAAAAGCUGGAAAAAAAAAAUCAUUAAUUAUUAUGAAUUGUGUUGAUGAUACACAAAUGAUAUUAUAUUAUUGGCAGUUGUGAUGCCCUUAGUGCCUAUUCCUUUAAUUUUUAUGACAAAGUAGCAAAAUUUAGAAUUAGAAACGAAAAUACUGGAAUAUUUUAAACAUAAAUAACAUGAUAUGAUUCGCAACUGUUUGGGUUAACUACCGUCUCUAUAUUGAGAAAAUAUAUACAUAUAUACACAGUCGAAUAAUAAAUUUAUGUAGUCGCAAAUUAGUUAAAUGGAGUUUACAUAUGUAUAUCCGAAACCAUUGUUCACCCGUUGUAGGAAUCUGCGAAAACUUAAUAAAAUUAUGCAUACUUAGAAAAUUUCUACAUCUUCAAUAAAUGUUUUCGAAUAAUCACUUAAACAAAAUAUUUACUACAAUAAAAUAAGCACAGAACUAACUGAA